CGCGUAGAGCCUCAUAAAGCCCCUCCCUCGAACCCUCGGACUUGCCGUCUCUGUUAUCAUGCUCCAUCUCUCAUCACCUCAAUUUCAUAUUCGUACAAGUCUAAAUGAGCAGACGAUGAAGAUUGUUGUGUGUCCUACUCCUACUCCUACUCCUAUGUAGAAAUGAAGUGAGAAUAGUACCCCUCACUUGGGUUUUGGUGGCUCUUUCUCUCUUCUGACCAGCCUUUGCGAAUCCCUCUCAAAUUUCCAUUAUUCUAAAAAAUUUUCUCUCAUCCUUGUUUUUUCUAGUUAGGCUGAUUAUUUCUGAAUUUUUGUGAUUGUAUGGAAUGGUUUCCGAAUUUGAAGGCUUGAGUUAGUGUUUUGUAAAUUUAUCCUAAUUUCAUGAUAUUUAUUAUGGACUCAUUUCAGAGCGAAUUAGGGAUUUUAGAUAUUUAUCGGUUCAUAUAUUGGGGGAUAGUCAAGAAUCUGAGUCUUUAUUAGAUCUCUGAGUUACAAGGUGAGCUCCAGGAAUCUCUAUUUUAGUGUUCACAAUCCUCUUCCAUUGAUUUGAUUAUGAAGUUAUGAUGAAAUCGUGAUUUAAAUGUUUAUUUGAUUUAUGUGGAUUUUAUGAUAUUUUAUGUGGUAUACUUGCACAAACAAUGCUGAUAGCUUGGUUUUUUGGUAAUUUAAUGCAUUAAUGCAGUUCACUGUUUCAUUUUGCAUUUUCUUAGAGUCAGUGUGGUGUCCUUUUUUGUGUGUUAGUCAUUCUAUUUUUAUAUGAUUUAUAUGAAGUUUAUGAAAUUUGAUGAUAGAAUUUUGCUUAAAUAAUGCUGAUAGCUUGAGUUCUUGGCAAUGGUCUGCAUUCAUUCAGUUCAUUGUUUCAUUUUGUAUUUUCUGUGUCAGUUUGAUGCCAUUUUUGGUGUGUCAAUCAUUUUGAUUUUAUAUGAUUUAUUUGAGUUUUAUGAAAAUUUUUGGCUUGAGUUUGCUAAAGUAGUACUGAUAGCUUGAGGUCUAUUGCCUGAUUAAUCCUCGGAUAGCACCAUUUUUAUUUCUUGGUUUUUAGUUUGUUUCCUUUGAAUCAUAUAUCUAAUUUAAUUCUGACACGCUAUUGUGAUUGUGAUUGGAGUUGAUAUCACCGCUUGGAGAACUAAGGUCUUCAUUAACAUGGUUUUGGACUUGAUGAUACUAGUGUUGCAUUUACUUUCUGCAGGAAUUUAACAAAUGCCAUUUGAAAGAUUUCAUUGGUUUAAUGAGGUACAAUUUUCAUAAUGCUGUCCUACCUGCCAAGGGCAAUGCCAAGGAGUAAAGAAAUUUUUUUCUCUACUGUCACACUUACAACUUCCUCUGCAGAUUUUCGAUUGCCAUUUGCAUCUUUACUAAAGGAAUGCAAGUCUUUGUCCAAUGCUAGGAAAAUCCACCAACAAGUCCUUGUCAGGGGUCUUCUCCCUUAUCCUAUCUAUUCCUUGUCCUUUACGUCUUCAUCACUGGGAACAGACAUUGUAGCGGCAUACCUUGCCUCUGGUUCUCAUGGAGAUGCCCUCUUCAUGUUGGAGCGUCUUUCUCCAUCUCCCAUUUUCUGGUGGAAUGCACUAAUCAGACAAAACGUCAACCAGGGGAACAUCAACCAUGCUUUGUUCCUUUGUCGUCACAUGCAACAACUUGGAACAAGGCCUGAUCACUACACAUUUCCUUUCCUCCUUAAGGCAUGUGGUGAGCUUCCUUCUUUCUGCCGAGGAGUUGCCAUCCAUGCUGUUGUAUGCAGAGAUGGCUUUGAUUACAAUGUAUUUGUAUGUAAUGCCCUGUUGGCUAUGUAUGCACGUUGUGGUGCUUUUGAGGAAGCUAGCCGUGUAUUUCAUGAGAUCAUGAACAAAGGAAUAGAUGAUAUAAUCUCAUGGAACUCCAUGGUUGCUGCGCAUGUAAAGAGUGGGAGCCCACAGCUUGCCCUGGAUUUGUUUGCGAAGAUGACCAAGUCACCAAAUGAUAAUUUUGGACCAAAUAGGUCUGAUAUCAUAAGUCUUGUCAAUGUUCUUCCUGCAUGUGCAUCUCUCAGGACUGCAUCUGAGGCUAGGCAGAUUCACUGUCAUUCCUUGAAGAAUAAUCUCUUCUCAGAUCUCUUUGUCGGGAAUGCCAUUAUAGAUGUUUAUGCUAAGUGCGGGAUGAUGGAUGAUGCCCUUAAGGUUUUCAAGGAUAUGAAUAUCAAAGAUGUCGUGACUUGGAAUGCAAUGGUCACUGGCUAUUCUCAAAAUGGUUACUUUGAAAACGCACUUGAGCUCUUCAAGGAAAUGCAGAAGGAGUGCAUUGCGCUGAAUGUUGUGACAUGGAGUGCAGUUAUUGCAGGAUAUGCCCAAAGAGGGCUUGGUCACGAGGCACUUGGUGUCUUUAGACAAAUGCAGCAUUCAGGGUCAGAUCCAAAUGCGGUUACCAUGAUUUCUCUCUUGUCUGCCUGUGCUGCUGUAGGAGCUCUUUCUUACGGAAAGGAAACCCAUGCCCAUGCCCUUAGAAAGUGCCUUAUGAGAUGGGAUGAUAAUGUUGGUGAAGGAGAAGACCGUAUGGUGCAGAAUUCUCUCAUUGACAUGUAUUCCAAAUGCAAGACUUUCAAUGCAGCCCGUUUCAUUUUUGAUUCUAUUCCUCUGGUAGAGCGAAAUGUAGUUACCUGGACCGUCAUGAUAGGUGGUUAUGCUCAACAUGGAGAUGCCAAUGUUGCCCUAAAACUUUUCUCUGAGAUGGUACUUAAAACCAGUUCUGUUGCUCCCAAUCCCUUCACAAUCUCUUGUGUUUUAAUAGCAUGUGCUCGACUUGCAGCUCUUCGCUUUGGUAGGCAAAUCCAUGCAUAUGUGAUUCGCAGCUGGUACGGAGAUGGAAUGUUGUUUGUGUCAAAUUGUCUCAUUGAUAUGUAUUCUAAAUGUGGUGACCUCGGCGCAGCUCAAGGUGUAUUUGAUAUGAUGCCACAAAAGAAUUCAGUUUCUUGGACAUCCUUGAUGACUGGGUACGGAAUGCAUGGGCUUGGUAGUGAGGCCCUCCGCAUCUUUGAGGAGAUGCAGAAUGUAGGUCUUAUACCUGAUGGCAUUACGUUUUUGGUUGUUCUCUAUGCUUGCAGCCAUUCUGGUAUGGUUAAUGAAGGCCUUAGGUACUUUCACAGUAUGUCUAGGGAUUAUGGUGUGGAUGCUGGUGCAGAACACUAUGCUUGUGUUGUUGAUUUAUUGGGUCGUGCUGGUCGAUUAGAUGAAGCACAAAAUAUGAUAGAGGGCAUGCCAAUGAAGCCAACUUCAGUUGUUUGGGUGGCCUUGCUUAGUGCCUGUCGAGUUCAUGCUAAUGUGGAGCUUGCUGAAUAUGCAACUGAAAAGUUGCUGGCAUCAGAGUCAGAGAAUGAUGGAUCAUAUACACUGCUUUCUAAUAUAUAUGCUAUUGCAGGGCGCUGGAGAGAUGUUGCUAGGAUUAGAUUGUUAAUGAAGAAAUCUGGGAUUAAGAAAAGGCCAGGAUACAGCUGGAUAGAAGAUAAAAAAGGCCAUGCUGUAUUUUUUGUGGGGGAUCGUUCUCACCCACUAUCUCAGCAGAUCUAUACUCUCUUGGCACAACUUAUCGAUCGAAUCAAAGCUAUUGGAUAUGUGCCUCAAACACAUUUUGCUUUGCAUGAUGUUGACGAUGAAGAGAAGAGCUCACUUCUAUCAGAGCACAGUGAGAAGCUUGCUCUUGCGUAUGGCAUCCUCACCUCCUUCCCUGGAUCAACCAUUCGGAUUACAAAGAAUCUACGAAUCUGCGGAGACUGCCAUAAUGCCAUCACAUUUAUCUCUAUGAUUGUUGACCAUGACAUCAUAUUAAGGGAUUCUAGUCGCUUCCAUCACUUUUCGAAGGGCUCAUGCUCUUGCGGGGGCUAUUGGUAAUUAUGUAUUGGUUUCCAUCAUGGAAGAAACACAACUUGAAGGCUUGUGUAUUACCUUCUAUUUCCAGAGCAUUUCUUGAAUGCUCAGAUCUCUGAGAGCACUUUCCUUUGGGCUGAAGGAAGGAGCUGUUGGAUUUAUCUUCAAUACCAGAGUUAAGCAUGGUGAUGUCUGUCCCGAGAUCUUGCCCUUCUACUGGAGAUGCAGGUGAUAAUGAUGAUGAUUUCACGGAGGAGGUCAAGGAGGCUGAGGCAGUAGCAGAGGCUUUGAAAAAGGGAGUUUUAGCCAGUGGCCAGGAUCACUUCUACAGGAAGAGAGUGCAGUGGAGGAAACAGACAUUGGCCUUGAUGAUCAGCCGACAGACCCGCCUGCUAGUGAGGAAGAAUUCACCAAUGAUGAUGGAAGUAAUAAAUGGGACCACGGUCUUAGGGUGUUAAGUAUGUGUCUUGACCCAAUACCUUGAAAGGAAUGAUUGCCUUGGAAGAAUAUGGACUUGAAGAGAUGACUUAUCCUCUUGAGAAGAGGUAUGUCCAACUUUGGCUUCUAAAGAGAUGACUGCAGUUAAAAACCUCAAAACUACUGUGGAGCAGGUGCAAGCAAAUUUUGAAAGUUAGAGGAAGUUACCUGACAAACCAACUGAAAAGAUGCUUCAUCCUGUCAUGGUGACUUGGACGGCGUGUAAUACUGAUUGCUGCUUUUCCUUGUCACAACAUAUGCUGAUUGUAGGAUCAUAAGGCAUCUUCAGUUCUUCAAGGAUUUUCUUAAUCCAUAAAUCUUGACACGUUUCUAGAGCAACUGGCCUAUAUUUAGCUUCUACGGUGCUUCAAACAACUACAGAUUGGUUUUUGCUUCUCCUAGUCACUAAGUUAGCCAGCACAUAUGUAUAAUAUAUUUAUAUCCUUACAUUAAGUGUGUAUUGUUAAUAGAUCAAGCAUAAUCUGCAUUCGUGUACACUUCAAUGCUUUUGGUUGAAUGCUUCACAAAGUCUAAUCCCUUCCCGGGAGUGUCAUCUUAAGGUUGGUAGACAGUCUCAAGGUGCCUUGUUGUGGGUUUGUGCAUAAACUAACUCAAGGACACUCACUGGAAACGAGAUGUUAGGUCAUGUGUGGGAUAUGUAAAUAACCUUACCUACCAACCUUUGUUGUCCCUUAUUAUUAUUAAUCGUUGGACUGUCUUGUGAA